AUGAGUCCAUUCACACUCGAAGAGGCUAUCAUUGUGCAUUCUCUCCAUGAGCCCAAGCCGCUCUGUAAGGAAAUAGACCUCAAGAACUGGUUCGACCAUUAUGCACCGUUGGCUCGGUUAGCAUUGAGAAACGCACACGAACAGGAACUCUAUCAGGAGACUAUUGAGAGGAAGGUGGCUCGAUUCGAUGCCUCCAGCCUUGCGAACGUCGCUCGUCGGGCGAUGGGUCCUCAGGAAGACACAAACUCGCAUGAACUAUUCGUCUUCUAUCCAGACUCAAGUUACCUGUUUGCUUUUGCCAUCUGUCGCACAUCCACUUACUUGACAUCUUUGGCCAUCCGUCACUUCUCCUCGGAGAGUUUGGCGGAAUGCGUAGAACACUAUAAGAUCUUCCUGCGCAUUGAGCCCCUAGUAGCUGCUGCCGGUUGUCUCCUGGAGGGUAUAGCAGCUGAUUUUCAGCGCUAG